UUCUGACAUUUGAAGAAAGAGUGUUUUUCAUCGGUUACGAGCUGCAAUAUGAAGUUUCUUCUCUUCACGGCAUUUGUUGCAACUMUUUCCUGUGCCAAUGCAGGCAAGACAGCAAGGCUGCUGGCAGCUAUGAAUGCUGGGAUGCUCAAUGGGAUGAUGGCUGGAGGUCUGAACCCAUUGGUAGCUGGUGGUGGAGUUGGUUUAAUUGGGCAGCCCCAGUUUGCUCAGUUUGUUCCUGGACUUCCUGCUUUAGCUCUCCGACCUCCUGUUGCUAACAUGUUCCCUGCAGCCRUCAAUGCGUACCAGGUUCCUUUCGUGGGUGUUCCUCAAAUGGCUCAAUUGCCUCCUCCUCCUCAGCAACCUCAGAUGGGGAUGGCAGGUGGAGCCAUGCAACAACAAUUUCCAAUGGGGGUGAUGGGUGGAGCCAUGCAACAACAACUUCCAAUGGGGAUGAUGGGUGGAGCCAUGCAGCAGCAGCCUCAGAUGGGGGUGGCAGGUGGAGUCAUGCAGCAGCAGCCUCAGAUGGGGAUGGCAGGUGGAGCCAUGCAGCCGCAGCCUCCUGUUCAGCCAGAUCCUCUCAGGAGAUUCAGGCGACAGGUUGUGAAAUCAGCAGGCACUGAAAAGUCCAGUGUGGACACACAGAUUCCAGUUCCCACUGAGUCAGCAACAACCAAUCCUCCAUGUGACAACAACAUUUAUCCUGAGGCGAAUUGAGUUCAUCCUGUUAAAAUGUCCCAGUGUUCACGGUGCCAGGAGGCUUGUCUCAUAGUUUGCACUAUGUUUCUGCAACUUCAACCGCAAUAAAAUUGGUUCAUAAUGUCACAAAAUUGAUUUUGAAUAAAAAGUUACACUAAAA